CGGCGGGGCUGGGCGAGCGGUUGGAGAUGGCGGCGGCGCGCAGCGGCGCUGAGGAGGAGGAGGCGGCGGCGGGGGACCCUGAUGGCGGCCCCGAACAGCCGGGCCGGGCUCAGGUGUUCGGAGCCGUGGUGGACACCUUCCUGGAGAAGCUGGUGGCGGCCGGGAGCUACCAGAGGUUUGCCAAGUGCUACCGCUGCUUCUACCAGCUGCAGCCCCAGGUGACCCAGAGCAUCUACGAUCAGUUCAUCGCCCAGCUGCAGGCCUCUGUCAAGGAGGAGAUCCAGGAGGUAAAGAACGAAGGGAAUCUCGACGCGCUCUUUAAUUCCCUGGAUAAGAUCGUGGAGGAGGCAAAGAACAAGGAAGAGCCUGCAUGGCGUCCCAGCGGGAUCCCGGAAGAGGACAUUUGCAGCGUUGUGGUGCCGUACCUCCUUAAGCACAGGUUGUACUUGCAGAAAGUCCUAAAGGCGAAGGAGGAAGAGAACAGGAAGGUGGCAGAAUCUGUGCUUGCGGGGAGGGAUAGGAUUGCAGAGCUGCAGCAGCUGAUACAAGCUCGCAAACAUGCCUGGCAGGCAAUUAGUAAAGAGCAACGAGAACUCGUCAUGACGUUCAAGGAGCCCCAGUGAGGAGCCGGGGAGACUCUCCACGUUUCGCAGGAGGAUCCUCUCCGCAGCGCUGACGAAGCUGGAAGCGGGACUGUGCGUGGCGUAUACAAACCACACAAACUCCUGGUUGUCUCCCCGAGCCAGCAGACACUUGUGGGACUGGAAAGCUGCCGGACUUGCGCAAUUUGAUCCAAGUUUGUGAAGAAAUAAAAAUGGAAAUAGAUUUCAACUUCCUAUUCCCUGCUCAGCUCGACAGGGACAGAACCCCCCAGAUCUGACAGCCUGCACGCUCACCUGCUGCCUGAGGUGUGAUCCUGGCUUCCUGAAGCCAGUUUUGUGGCCGUGACGCUAUUCCAGACGAGCAUUAGAGAAAAAUGGGUGCCUGGCUGGAGCGAGGAGCCCCGCAGCCGUAGCCCACCGAGUGCUCCCGUGGCAUUUGCUGCAUCCGACUCCUGAGCUGCGUUUUUGUUCAGUGUCUUUAAACAAUUUUUUUUUUUUUUUUGGUCAGUUUUGUUCCAUAUCUUUAAACAAUUGUGACCCAUCAGAACAAACGAGUCGGCAGCUGCUUUAUCACGCCAAGUGCCUCGUUGCCUUUUAUUCUUUUUUUUUUUUUUUUCUCUUAGUUGUUUUCCACCCCCAGCAGUUCCACGCCGAGGGCGCUUCGCUGAGGACUGCAGUGCGAAGGAUCCGCGGGUGUGCCGUCCGCAGGGUGGAAUGGCCCUGCCUCAGCUCUGUGGGCUCCUGGCACAAGGGUUUCGUGUUUUCCCAUGAAAGCUCUGUAUUGACUCCUGGAACCAAACUGGGUUUGAUUUUACCUGGGUGGAGUUGUUCUUUAUGGAUUUUGCCUGCCAGGGAAGAGGGGCUGGCUGGGGCCGGCCUGGCAGGGCCCUGGUGGAGCCCUGCAAGCGACGCACGGCUUCAAAACGAAGAAGAGAUCGUUCCUCUGGGCUGGGCAGAUAGUGGGAGCCUUCCCCAGCUGCCAGGGCCCGAGUGCGGGUGUUUCACCAGAAACCAGAUCUGCCAAGGUCACCUGCCGCCCUCCUUGCCUGCCAGUACACGCCAUCCCGAGGAAGAGGCUGUGCCCCCUGUGCUGGGGCCGUCCAAAAUCUGGGAACAACGGUGGCAAUUUCCACCCAGCACCAGCCUCUGUUUUUGAUUAGAGGCAGCCAGAGCCUGUGAUUGACUGACUUAGGCAUAUUUUCCUUCUGUCGUAAACAAGCCUUCCCUCGCUGCAUUAUAAUCUAAAUAAAUCGGAGCUGUUGUUCCCCUGC